ACAUGUGCGUAUGUGCACACACAGGCUGAGCGGUACAAGCUGAGACUAUGGAGCAAGUGCUCAAGAUAGAGCGUGUUGAUUUGGAGUGCACACUGAACAACUCUGAACAUCACACAGAGCUGAAUGGAGUGGACAGACUGAUUGUGAGGAGAGGUCAACCAUUUACCAUCACCCUUUACUUACGAACUGGCUCCCACUUUCAACAAGGGCACAACAUUAACCUCAUCACCACUACAGGCCCAGACCCCUCUGAGCUUGCAGACACUGCUGUCAAAUUUGGGCUCACUAAAAUUAUAUCCAAAGUUCAGUGGAGUUUUACAGCAGUAUUAGCAUCUGAGAGCAGUGUAUCACUCACUAUUAGCUCUCCCCCUAAUGCCCCCAUCGGGCUGUACCAACUCACCCUUGAGCAGGUCAGCAAGGAAGCAACAGAAGUCAGUUUGGGCCAGUUUGUGCUGCUCUUUAACCCCUGGUGCAAGAGAGAUUCUGUGUAUUUGGCAAGUGAGGCUGAGAGACAGGAAUAUGUCCUGUCUCAAGAUGGACUGAUCUACUAUGGAAAGGCCAAGCACAUCAAAGUACUCCCGUGGACUUUUGGACAGUUUGAGCCUGGUAUUCUGGACAUCUGUCUGAGAGUUUUGGAUGAAAACCCAAAACAUUUGGAACACCCAGCACAGGACUGUUCAAAGAGGAGAAGCCCUGUCUAUGUGACCCGAGUCAUCAGUGCCAUGAUAAACAGCAACGAUGAUAAUGGUGUUGUAGUGGGGAACUGGUCAGGAGCUUAUGAGGGUGGAGUCAAACCCACUACAUGGAGGGGCAGUGGUGCCAUUUUACACCAGUGGAACAAACUCAACUGCACAGGAGUGCGAUAUGGCCAGUGCUGGGUGUAUGCUGCUGUGGCAUGCUCAGUGUCCAGGGCGCUGGGCAUCCCCUGCCGAGCGGUAACCAACUAUGAAUCAGCUCACGACACAAACAGCAACCUGCUUAUUGAACGCUAUCACAGUGUGGCUGAUGGGGAUUUAAGUGAUGACUCCAUAUGGAACUUCCAUGUAUGGGUGGAGAGUUGGAUGACCCGUCCCGACCUUAAGCUUGGCUAUGAGGGUUGGCAGGCCAAUGAUCCUACACCACAGGAAACAAGUGAUGGCGUGUUCUGCUGUGGUCCGGUCCCUGUGAGAGCAGUGAAGGAAGGUGACCUGAGUGCAAAGUAUGAUGCUCCAUUUGUUUACGCUGAAGUGAAUGCAGAUGUGGUGGAUUACCUCAUCCUGAGUAAUGACAAAGUGGUAAAAGUAGGAGGAUCAACUACUCGAGUGGGCCAGUGCAUCAGCACCAAGGCAGUUGGCUCAGAUGAGAGAGAGGACAUCACACACCUCUACAAAUACCCUGAAGGUUCUGAAGAGGAGAGGCAGGUGUUUGAGAAGGCCAACCACAUAAACCGGCUAAUCCAGAAUGAGGAAGAGCCUGGCCUGUAUGUGAAGAUCAAACUGAACCCCGAUAUGAUGCUGGGUUCAGACUUUGAUGUAUAUGCACAGGUUACAAACAACACAGACACCCAGAAGAACUGCCGUUUGAUGUUUUAUGCCCAGGCUGUGUCAUAUAAUGGCAGACGUGGGGAGACAUGUGGCUGGGCUGAGCUCAGUGAGAUAAACCUGGCCCCAAUGAAAGGAAGUAAAGCAAGACUUCGCCUACAAUAUUCAAAAUAUGGAAAAGCCAUAACUCAAGACAGGAUGAUCAAACUGGUUGCUCUGCUUACCGACUUAAAGACCAAGGAGUUCCAGAGAGAAACAAAGACCAUAGUACUGGAAAGCCCUUCCAUUAUCAUUAAGGUUCUUGGAGAUCCUAAAGUAGGCCAGCCUGUUUUGGUUAAUGUAUCUAUGCAGAACCCUCUGCCUGAAUUAUUGGAACACUGCAUCUUCUCUUUACAUGGAGCCAACCUGACAGACGGCACGGCCAUCGCUAAAGAUGUUGGGAAAGUUGGCCCUAAGGACCUCGCCACUGCCAAGCUUGAGUUCACACCCAUGGUUUCAGGAAAACGGAAACUAGUGAUAGACUUCUCAUCUGAUAAACUAAGCGACAUCCACGGACACACUAACAUAACUAUUGAAGAAUAAAUGAUAAUCACAUCAAAAGUAAUAAAAGAAUAAACCAAGUUGAUCAGUAUUCACUCAGUGCAAUGGGACAGACAGAGGAGUUUAUACUUCGCAGUGUCUUGGUAACAUGAGAAUCAAUGUUAUUUUUAUCCUUUUAAUGUCAAGAGAAAAAAAAGAAAGGUUGGUGAGCAAUGACUGUUCAAAUCUGUUAUAAUGUAAGUGAGAGCAGAAACUAAUUCCUUAGAGAAGUCUGAUAUGUUUUGUUAAUAAAUGUUUACA